AUGGAAGAUGUAUGGGCGAGGGUAUUCACCUACCUGUCCCCCCGAGAGGUUCGAAAAUGUGAACGUGUGAGUCGAACGUGGCGUCGUCUAGCUCACCGAGCUCUACGUCAACUCGUUGAUGUCGACUUCGAGCGAGACUUUCAAAAUGCCAUCGCCGAUCCUGAUCAUCUGGAACGUAUACUGAGAUUAUGCAGCCGUCGGCUCAAACGAGUUACGUUUCGUGUGACAUCGAAAAAUGAAAAGUACUCUGUUUUUGCGAGCGAACAUCACCUAACGAAAUCUGUCGUUGAAGCACUUGCCACCACCGCAACUGCCCUGCAAAGUAUAGUUAUUGAUCGGAUGUACUGCUCUACACCGGAAGUGAACGAGAUCGUCCAACUGGCUCUUCGCCAAUUGCUUUGUCAAAGUCCAAGAUUGAAACGAUUUGAAAUAGUUGGUCGAGGAUGGACAUUCGAUCAUUUUGUGCUCGAUGAGACGGUGCUGCUUUUGCUUCCUCCAUCUUUACGUGAUCUCUCAAUAUCAGCCGGUGGUUCACUGAAAAUUACAAAUCUUCACUUCCUACGUGGAAAACAACUUGAAUCGCUAGCUCUGCAACGGUCAUUCAUAUCAAGUGCCGAUUUGGUGGUGCUGGCUGAUAUGGCUUUGUCUUUGACGACACUUGAUCUCACUUCGUGUAUAAAUAUCUCUGAUGGCACGUUGCUUGGACAGCUACACAACCUGAGGCGAUUAGUGAGUGAACCGUUCUCCAUAAAAGGCUAUCAGUUCGCACGAUCUCGUGUGUGUCUAUGCGAAUGCCAUGAUGGCUUGGCGGCUGAUAGCAUCGCGGUUGACGUUGUCGUUGUCGUCGUCGUCCGUCGUCGUUGUGAUGAGUCAAUCGGCGAGUAG